AUGAGUAUGAGAAGAAACAAAGCGGAAGGGAAGAGGAGUUUAAGAGAAAUGAGUGAGGAAGAGGAAGAAGAGGAAGAAGAAGAUGAGGACACUUUUGAAGAAGAAGAAGAAGAGACUUUGGAGAAGAAGCAGAAAGGUGAAGCUACAAGUAGCAACACCGGUAGUAGUGGAGUUUGUCAGAUCGAGAGUUGUACUGCUGAUAUGAGCAGAGCAAAACACUACCACAAACGACACAAAGUCUGCGAGUUUCACGCCAAAGCUCCUCUCGUUCGGAUCUCUGGCCGUCACCACCGUUUCUGCCAACAAUGCAGCCGGUUCCACGACCUCGGUGAGUUUGAUGAAGCCAAGCGGAGUUGCAGGAGACGUUUAGCUGGACACAACGAGAGAAGACGGAAGAACACGAAUGAAUAA